AUGGCCGGCCGCCGCGCGCCGCACGUCAUGAGCCUCCACGACUCCGGCCCGCCGCUGCUCGGCCGCGCGCCGCAGCACCCGCAGCCCGGCGACGACCGCGACGAGCCCCCGCACGGCGCCCUCCUCCACCACCCGCGCGGGGGCCCCGCGCAGCACCCCGCCGUGGCGGCCCUCGAGGACCGCAUCGUCGCCCGGGACCGGGACAUCCAGGAGUUCCUCGUCGACAACCAGCGGUUCGCCGCCACCCACGUCGCGCUCCAGCAGCAGCUCAUCUCCGCGCAGCACGAGCUCCGGGCCGUCUCCAUCGCCGGCACCAGGGCCCGCAUGGAGCGCGAGGCCGACGUCUGCGCCAUCGCCGACCAGGCCGCGCGCAUCGAGGCCGAGGCGCGCUCCGUCGCCGGCGCGCGCGUGGAGAUCGAGCAGGUCCAUGCCGAUGUGCGGGUGCUCGCUGCCGCGCGCAACGAACUCAUGGACCGGCUCAAAGGCCUCCGCGAGCAGCUAGGGCGCGCGCAGUCCAAUUCCGCCAAGUCGGAGAACGUCCGCUCGCAGAUUGAGACCAUGCGACGGGAGAUCCAGAAGGGCAGGGCUGCGGUUGAAUUCGAAAAGAAGGCACAUGCUGAUAACCUUUUACAAAGUAAAGCAAUGGAGAAAAAUAUGAUUGCCGUGGCUAGUGAGAUUGAGAGGCUUCGGGGUGAGCUUGUAAAUGCUGAAAAGCGGGCCACUGCUGUCACCACGGCAGCAGCUGUAACUAACCCUGGGUAUGCUCAACCGUACAGCAGUUCUGAGGCAACAUAUGCCACAAUGUAUGGCAAUCCCGAGGCAGCAUAUGCAGCAUAUGGCAGUGCUGAGGCAACAUAUGCUGGAACAUAUGCCAAUUCUGAUGCUUAUAGCACCACUAAUCAGGCUCAGACUCGCACUGAUGGUAAUCCACAUUACAUGACCCAGCCGGCUCACUAUGCGCAGUACGAGGGCCAGCAGCAGCAGCAGCAGCAGCAGCAGCACACCAAUGUGCAAAGAUGA